GUUUAUGUUUAAGAAAAAACUUUAGUGUCUCUGUCUGGUCUAUCAUCAUCAACAUUCGUAACUGCGGAAGCAAGCAUGUGAAAUAGAAAGCGCGUUUAGGGUUUGCGAGAGGAGUUAAAAUCCAAAUUGCGGCGGUGUAUACUGAGAUUUCAACAGACCAGUCUGAUUUUUGCACAUCCCUAAGACCAGAUUGAUAGGAAGGAUGAAAGCAGGAGCUGGUAAAGGGAGAAAAGCAUGCCUCAUAGUCACAACUGUUUUCAUUGCAAUUGUAUUACUAAUAGUCAUUCUGGCGUUCACAGUCUUCAAAUCCAAGCAUCCCGUUACCACUGUGAAUUCAUUGAAGCUACGAGACUUUGAUGUUAACUUGGAUAUUGCAAAACUAAGGGUAGAUUUGAACGUAACCCUGGAUGUCGAUGUUUCAGUCAAGAAUCCAAAUAAGGUGGGCUUCAAGUACUCAAACACCACUGCACACCUCAAUUACAGAGGCCAGCUCAUAGGUGAAGUCCCUAUCUCUGCUGGAGACAUCUCUUCUGGUGAGACCAAAGGAUUCAACCUCACCCUCACCUUUAUGGCCGACCGUUUGCUAUCCAAUUCCCAGCUUUUCUCUGAUAUCACAUCUGGUACAUUGCCCCUAAACACUUUCUUGACGAUUUUUGGCAAAGUCAAUAUCUUAGGCUUUAUCAAAGUGCAUGUGAUUUCCUCCGCAUCCUGUGAUUUUGCGGUUAAUACUUCCAACAAAACUGUUGGCAACCAAGAGUGCCAAUACAAAACAAAACUUUGAUUAUUCAUUUGCAGUUUAGAGGUUUGCCUAAUCUGUACAUAUUUUACUUUGAGUCAUUGGUAAUUUCGAUUUGUAUCCAACUCUCUCUUCUACCCUUAAAGCUGCUUCUUGAAAAUCAUUUGUUAUUAUCAUCUCAUUCUUUCUGCUAUCCAUGUUUAAUUGUUUCUGAAUUGACAGUAUUUUAUUUAAUUCUAUUACUGUUCUCAUUCUUUUA